AUGGUGCAGCCCAUGAUCCACCUGCAGGACAUGGAGGAGCCCCCGCUGGAGCUGGGGGAUGCUCAAAGCCCCCUGAGCCAGAGCAGCCCCACAUCUCCAUUUCUGCAGGAGAGACCUUCUGAGAGCACCAAGUGCCACGCUGAGGGCAAGAAACUCCAAAAGGCUCUUAAAAAACAGAAAAAGGCUGUGGUGGUGUCUGUACUGGCCAAAGUGAUCAAAGCAGGGAAGAGGAAGCACCCAAAGGCUCUUCAUAGAUGGCACCACAAAAGAGAAGAAAAAAGUUCCUCAGUGUCUCUGAAGAGCCUGCAGCACUUUGGCUGUGAGGAGAAGCAGGAGUUCAUUGAAGGAGCCAGGAAUUAUUCCAGGGAAAUCCAGGGGUGCCUCCAGCUGAUCCUGGACUGUCAGAUCCCACUGGGCUCUCAUUCUUCCACCUGCUCCUUCCUGGAAUAUUUUGCUGCUGCCAUCAGCUACCCAGUGAGGAAGGAGGGAUACCAGAGUAAACCCCUGAGGAAAUUCCUCCCUGAGAGGACCAGAGCUGCCAGGGACAGGGAGAACAAGAAGCUGGUGGAGUUCAUGAUGAAGACUAAAGCAUCUCCUGGAGAUCUUGAAAAGAAAGAACCCUGCUGGCUGAAGAAAUUCCUGAAUUCCAGCUGGUACAUAACCACUGUGGAGACCCAUUUGGAGAAUGAGGAGCAGCUGGACCUGGUGACUGGGUACCUGAGAGAGAUGGGCACCAAGAACCUGCAGCAGAUCCUGGGGGAUGGCAUCAGAUUCAUCUCAGAUGUGUUUUUACCUGAGGCCAUCACCUGUGCCACUGCUGCCAUGGAUGGCAUUGAUUAUGAGAAGGCAGAAAUACAAUAA